AUGUACCAAGAUCGCCACGACUACAGUAAUCUGUUGUUUUUCGAUUCGUCGACGCCGGCGAGGAGGGAGUGGACGUUUUUCGAGGAGAAGUCUUUUGAGCUGUGUUUGGUGGAGUUUCCGGAGGGAACUCCCGAUCGAUGGCAGCUAAUUGCCGCCAAGAUUCCGGGGAGGUCACCUGAAGAAAUAAAGCAACAUUUUGAGAUUCUUGUUCGUGAUGUUUAUGAGAUCGAUGCCGGUCGAGUUCCGGUUCCGAAUUAUAGUGAUAAUUGGUUUAUUUUCGAUUCGGAGUCCGAUUCGAAUCAUCAAAUCGAUUGCGAAUCAAAAUCGAAACGGCAGGGCAACGUUGAACGAAAGAAGGGAACUCCUUGGACAUUACAGGAACAUAAGUUAUUUUUAUAUGGUCUGAGAAAAUAUGGCAAGGGUGAUUGGCGAAGUAUAUCAAGAAAUGUGGUGAAUACUCGGUCGUCGUCUCAGGUCGCUAGCCACGCCCAAAAGUUUUAUCUCCGGUUGCAUUCGGGGAAAAAGGCGAGAAAAAGAUCGAGCAUCCACGACGUUACGAUAAUCGAUUACGAUGUGAUGAAAGCACUUGUCGAACGGAACAUGACUUCCGGUUAG